AGAGAAACCCACCCACAGGGGCGGCCCUACGGGCCACAGACCCGUUUGGGCCAUUUCCUGAUUUGUUAAAAACGCCCUAAAGAAUGAGCGAAAAGAAUCAGUAUUAUGCUUUUCUCUGAACGUUUUGUUUGUGUUUUGAAGUAGCAGUGAACGGAAUCGUGCAUGAUGUGGACGUGCUCGGCGAAGGGAUCCGGCUGGUGACUCUGCUGGUGGACCGUGACGGGCUGUACAAGAUGAGCCGCCUGUACAUCACUCCUGACGGAUUUUUCUUCCGCGUUCACAUACUGGCCUUAGACUCCUCCAGUUGCAAUAAGCCAUGUCCAGAAUUUAAACCUGGCAGCAGGUAUAUUGUGAUGGGCCACAUCUACCGUAAGAGACGGCAGCUCCCUACAACUUUGCUCCGGGUCCUGAGAGGGCGUGUCCGACCAGGAGAUGGACUGCUUAGGAGCAGCAGCUAUGUGAAAAGAUUUAACAGAAAAAGGGAUGGUCAAGUUCAAGGUGCAGUUCACACUCAAUGUACUUGAAACGUACCAUCCUGGCAUUUCUGGAUCUGAGGAGAUUUGGAAUUCAUCAACAAGGCAUGAAAGGUUCUACCUUCGUGUAAUGGGGUCUUCCUUUAGAAUAGGGCCCACAGCUCCUAUAUGAACUACUUGUAUAGUUCCACCUCUAAUCUUGAAGCUGCCAUUUUCUUAUUUACAAAAUGCUUUUGAAAUGUUCCGCUUCUGAGCUCAGUGGCAAAGCUGUUCAACUGUAGUGCCAGAUGGUGAUUCACACAGCUCAGAUAACUCACCUGUCCUGUUAACAGACCACUGCUUCAUGUUCAGUUUAUUUUUAAUUUAAAUACACUCUCCAGUAGAAAUAGUUCACAAAAAAAUUUCCUUGAAUUUAAAUACAGUUUUGAAUAGUUUGUAUCACAUAUCAAACCAAAUAUUAGUCAAACAAUCACAUUUUAAUUCUGUACAUAACAGUAAAUGCAGUCGUUGAAGGCAUUUAUGUAUGAAAUGUUAUUUAGAUCUGACACUAGAGUUAGAGCCCAGGAUAAGUAUUAAAAUUUCACAUUUAAAGAAUACUAAAGGACUUAAUUUGAGCAACACAAACAAGUAUUCCAGAUAUGCCCAAAUAUAAAAGUUUAUUUUCAUACCUCCCUGCUCCUAAUAACUUAUGUUUUGUGUCAGACUGGCAGCUAUCCCAGUGCUAAAGGUAUUCUGGGUGUAUUUGAUGUCAUUUUUCUAUUAAGACUUAAGUAUCGUGUGUGUUUGUGAAGCAGUAAAUCUUGCCUUGAAAUCAGAUCUUGGAUGCACCUGGUUUUUUAGUCUCACUGAACCCCAAAGGUUUGGGAAAAAGCCUUUCUUAAACUUACUCCAAAAAAUCCUGGAACCAAUAUUCAUCAAUGACAGCUCACAAGCACGUGAAUGUUAAACAUUUGGUUUGAAAAAGCUUGAAUCACUAGCUGGAGUUAACAUUGAUUUUAUACUUGAGCCCAGAGAAAUUACAAUGUUUUUCAGAAGAUCAAGCUGUUAUUGUGGUUAAUUUGAAGUGCUGUGAAUAGAGACACCGAUAAGCCGUGGCUGAAGAUUAAUGCCUAAAGAGCGAUAAAAAGGAACUACACUGAAGAGAGGAAAACAGCCUAUUUGGUCUCAAAGGUGACACACUCAGGGAGCUCAAGAUGUGUCUUUAAUGGCACACAAAAUCUUUAAGGGCCACAGAGAGGCACUGUGUAUCUAAAGGAUGUCCAAGACAGGACAAUAGAGGAUGCACGGGGACAUGUGUAGCAAGAGCAUAAGACAGAAGGUUUAAUUGUGAUGGGAGAUACACCUUAUUUGUCCCAAACACGGGGCAUAGAGAUAAAGUUGAGAGGUUCUGACUAUUCUGUGGCAAAGCAUUCCUGAAGGAUUUUUUGAGAAUUUUCCAACAAUGAGUGUUGGCCAAAUUACUAGAAGCACUGCUAAGUUAUUUUUCUUUAAGAUAAAACUAAUUCAGAUAUAAGGUAGCACCAGUCACAAAAAUCAAAGCUGAAUUUUAAAAUGUCAAAAGGCUACAUGGUGAUCUUGAAUAACAUGGUAACAUGGUGAGGAAAAUUACUAAAUGGCCAAAUAGAUAAGUUAUUAAGUGGAUGGGCAGUUGUUAAAACAUGAAGUUAUAAAUAGCUCUGGUUUAAGAGGAGGAAAAUCACUUUUACAUAAACCUGAAGGUUUGAGUUAGACUGAUUUGAUAGUAGUUUCUGAGAAAUUUUGGAAACACACAAAAAGGGCCAGAGCUGUUUGAGAUUUGUGAUACUUGGAAGUCAUAGAGUGUGAUGCUUGGAAGUCAGAGUUAAUACGUACACUCCAGCAAACACAAGCAGGCCAGCGUUUUAGAAACUGCCUGGAUAAAAUUAAGGGAGUGAAUACCAGACUGGUAAUUCCAGGUGAGGCAAAAAAGGCUAAGAAUCUCCCUCCAUUACUUGGUACCUUGGAUACAAUCUUUAAUUUUAUGGAAAUUAGCAAAUUCAUUAUUCUAAUACUUUUGUCUGAUUGAUAGAUUUCUCUUAGCAAGUGGGUUUAUGCUCCAAAGACAAAAGGGCCCUUUGUGCCUAUGUGCACACAUAGUCCCUCAUCAAUAAAAUACUCAGUUGCCUUCAAGAGUAACUCAAUAGCAUCCCUCCUUCAAAUUGUUACUUUAGAAUUCAAGGACAAAGUACUCUUCUUUUGGUAGCAAAAGACACCUUUUUUUGGUACUAGCUUUUUACGAUAGUCCUUUAAAGAUCACAUUAUUUGGCACUGUUUAUCUUUCUCUUAAAUUCAUUUUUAAGGUUGAUCAAACACAUGUAUAGCAAACACCUAAAAACUGACCUGCUGCCAACAAUGAAUAAAUUCAAUUUUAGGACAUAUUUGAGCAAGUUACAGAUAAAUAAAGCAGGACUUUAUCAUUCUAAAACAUAGCAUAUUUCUUUCGUUGAAUUUGGUCCAAACUGGAUCAAAUGGUGUGAUCUUUUGAGAAACGUCUUAUUCUAAAGGAGCCCUGGUGGCACAGGUUAAAGCACUUGGAUGUUGAAGGGUUGAUGGUUAGAACCCACCAGCAGCUCCAUGGGAGAAGAUGUGGCAGCCUGCUUCCGUAAAGAUUACAGCUUUGGAAACCCUAUGGGGCAGUUCUACCCUGAGUGGGAAUCAACUCGACAGCAAUGGGUGGAUCUUAUUCUAAGUACCUAGAAGCACCUAAGAGUAUUUCAAAUUAUUAAAAAUACUUCUCAGCUG